CGUAAGUGUGACGCAUUGAGCACUGACGUUGUGCAUUUAUGCUAAUUCCUCUCAAAGUUAUGAGCUGAGGAAAUUUCGAAAGUGACAAAGUUUGACAAAGUAAAUUCUAAAACUUCAUGAAGAGUUGAAAUUACUUGUAUUUUCUUAGGGUAUAUUAAUUGAACUUAAGGGGGUCUCGACUCUAGAGACUUCAUUCCACACAUUUGAAUGUCGGACAUAUCCGUUCAAGAAUUGCGGCGUGGACUGUUCAGUAUAAUCUGGAAAUUGAAAUUCACAGGCAGUUCUGAGAAAGUUGAACCAGUUGAACUUUGUGGAUCCCAGGUGGGGCAAAAAAUAACCAUAUCUUACAUUGAAAACUCCACAAAAGGAAAAUCCAAGAACAAAUAUGAAUAUACCCUCCUUGUCAAAGAAACUUCAUGGGGUAACACCACAAGUGAUGAUUCACAGCUUAACGAAAGCAGUCAAGUUGUUGAAGAAAUGCAACUGGUUCAAAAACAGAUGUAUGAAGUAAACAAAGAAACACUUGUGAAAAAAAAAUCAGCAGAUCCUCUAAAAUUGCUGAAAUCUGAAAUGUCCAGCCCAAUACAUAUUUGGAUUAAAAGCAGAUCCAUCUAUAGACCAUACUAUCCACUGAAAAAAAUUGAUUCUUUCAAGUGGAAAGCAGUAGGCACUACGAAUCAGCAACGAGAUGUUCUUUUAUUGUGCGUUGAUUUCGGCUCGACUAAUAAAAGUGAACGAAACAUCAUCACCGGAUUGACAGAGAUGUUCAACAACCAACAUCGCUGCGACGUCCAGUUCAAGUUCAUCAAUGAACAAACGAUCGGUGCCCAUAUUUUGAUUCUGUCUGCUGGCAGUCCCGUCUUCGCUGCAAUGUUUCAGCCGUGCAUUUCGGAGUCAACAACCCGUCAGGUGACCAUUACCGACAUCAAAAUGGAAGUCUUCCGGCAGCUAUUGAUUCACUUGUACUCGGGCAGUGCACCGAAGAUAGAAGAAGAAAUCAUCACCCAACCGCUCUACCUGGCUGCGGAUAAAUACGACAUCGAGACCCUCAAAAGCGACUGCAUCGACGUGCUACUGAAAAAAUUGGACAUCAACAACGCCAUCGAAAUGUUAGGUUGGUCUCAUUUGCAUUUCAUACCGAAGUUGUUUGAAUUCGCACUGAAGUUCUUGACGGAUAAUAGACGCGAAAUCUGUCUCCUCCCCAAAUGGCUAGACUUCGUCAGGAACCACCCGGAAUUGUGUGCGCUUGUCACAAAGCGUAUGGUUGUUUAAUCUGAUUUUAAAACAAAAAACUUUUGCUGUUACUGUAUGUUGAUUGCACAGCGCGUAUACUUUUUUUUACAACACAGAAAACCUUUUUGUACUUUUUAGAACUUCGUGAAAUUAAUGUAAUAAGGAAAUAAAUCUUUUAAAACUAG